UACUCCGUCUUUUGACUCUGUCAUUCUCUCUUUCUCUAAUAUAAUAAAAGCAAAGAAACUUUCUCUCUCUAAAACCAGAGCUUGUAGCUCAUCCUCUAAUGGCAGCUCUCAAACCCGAACUAAACCACCACGUUUCUGUGUCUUUUUGAGCACCGAUCUGGACAAAAAUGAAAACCCAUUUCUCUCUUUUGCAUAUCUCUCUUUCCUUUCUCUCUCUGCAACUACAACUUGAAGCUUCACCAGUAUCGCCACCUUUUAUCUCUACGAACAGAGAUACCCAAAAUCUUAUCAACUUCAAAAACUCUCUCCCCGACUCAUCUCUUCUUUCUAAUUGGUUUCCUAACCAAAAUCCGUGUACCUUUAAUGGAGUUAAAUGCCAAGAAACAAACAGAGUCUCUUCUGUGGACCUCUCCUUCAUUUCUUUAAAUACUGAUUUUCAAACAGUGGCUGCAUUUCUUUUCACUCUUGACAAGCUUGAGACUCUUUCUUUAAAAUCAUCAAAUAUUUCUGGUCUCAUUUCUUUCCGUUCUGGAUCUAAGUGCAGUUCAUUUUUGAGCAACUUAGAUCUAUCUUGUAAUGCUUUAUCAGGUCCUAUCUCUGAUAUAGCUAGUUUAGCUUCUUGUGUAUCCUUGAAAUCUUUGAAUCUUUCUUUUAACUCACUUGAUUUUUCUUUAAAAGGGAAAUCUAGUGGGUUAAAGCUUACCAACUUGGAGUCUUUUGAUCUUUCUUUUAAUAAGAUUAUAGGCACUAAUGUAGUGCCCUUUAUUCUCACUGGUGGCUGCAAUGAGUUGCGUUACUUUUCCUUGAGGGGAAAUAAAGUUAGGGGAGAUUUGGAUUUUUCUAAUUGCAAGUCUCUAGAGUUUCUUGACGUCUCUUCAAAUAAUUUCUCCAUGGUUGUUCCUUCAUUUGGUGAUUGUUUGGCUUUGGAGCAUCUUGAUAUUUCUUCAAAUGAGUUUUCUGGUGAUCUUGCUCGUGCAAUUAAUGGUUGUACUAAGCUCAACUUUUUGAAUGCGUCUACUAAUCAGUUUUCAGGUUCAAUUCCAACGGUUCCAACUGGGAAUUUGCAGUUUCUUUAUUUUGGUGGCAACCAUUUCUCUGGACAGAUUCCUCUGCAUCUCAUUGAAGCUUGUCCAGGUCUUGUUGAGCUUGAUCUUUCUUCAAAUAAUCUUACUGGUUUUACCCCUAGUAGUUUUGCUGCUUGUACUUCAUUGGAAUCUUUUGAUAUAUCUUCGAACAACUUCUCUGGUGAAUUGCCAAUUGAUACUCUUUUGAAACUGACUAGUUUGAAGAGUCUUGAUUUUUCAUUUAAUAAGUUGAUUGGUGGUUUGCCUAAUUCUUUGUCAAAGCUCACCAAUCUGGAGUCUUUAGAUCUGAGUUCGAAUAAUCUAUCUGGUUCUAUCCCUACUGGUUUGUGUCAAGAUCCAAGUAACAACUUGAAAGAAUUGUUUCUUCAAAACAAUUUGUUCACUGGGUCUAUUCCUGCUAGUUUGAGCAACUGUUCUCAUCUUACAUCACUUCAUUUGAGCUUCAAUUAUCUCACAGGCACAAUCCCUUCUAGCUUGGGUUCGCUGUCUAAGCUUCGUGAUUUGAAGCUUUGGCUUAAUCAGCUCCAUGGAGAUAUCCCACCAGAGAUAAUGAACAUACAAACCCUGGAGACUUUGAUUCUAGACUUCAAUGAGUUGACCGGAGUUAUACCUUCUGGCAUAAGCAACUGUACUAAGCUGAACUGGAUCUCAUUGUCUAACAAUCGGUUGACUGGUGAAAUUCCAGCAUCUAUUGGAAAGCUUUCGAGUCUUGCUAUCCUUAAACUAAGCAACAACUCAUUUUAUGGCAGAAUCCCACCAGAGCUUGGUGAUUGUCGUAGCUUGAUUUGGUUGGAUCUUAAUACAAAUUUCUUGAAUGGUACGAUCCCACCUGAGCUAUUCAAACAGUCUGGCAACAUUGCUGUGAAUUUUUUCCCUGGAAAGAGAUAUGUGUAUCUUAAGAAUAUGAAGAGUGAAUGGUGCCAUGGCGAAGGUAAUUUGCUCGAGUUUGCUGGAAUCAGGUCAGAACAGUUGGAUAGAAUUUCCACUAGGCACCCCUGUAACUUCACUAGAGUAUAUGGAGGUCAUACACAGCCUACAUUCAAUGAUAAUGGUUCGAUGAUCUUUCUUGAUCUUUCAUACAAUAUGUUGUCUGGCAGCAUUCCAAAGGAGAUUGGGACUAUGUCCUAUCUUUAUGUCUUGAAUUUGGGUCACAAUAAUUUCUCUGGUAACAUUCCAGACGAGCUAGGGAGUUUAGACGGUCUUAACAUUCUGAACCUCUCUAACAAUAAGCUGGAAGGGCAGAUUCCACAGUCUAUGACUAAGCUCUCAUUGCUAACGGAUAUUGAUAUGUCCAACAAUGAUCUCACUGGAACGAUUCCAGAAUCUGGUCAGUUUGAAACAUUCCAAGCUUCUAGUUUUGCCAACAAUUCAGGCCUCUGUGGGAUACCACUUUCGCCAUGUGGAGCAGGAUCAGGUUCAAGUGCAAAUUCUCAGCAUCAGAAAUCUCAUAGGAGGCAAGCAUCUCUUGUAGGGAGUGUGGCAAUGGGAUUGUUGCUUUCACUCUUCUGUAUCUUUGCUUUGAUUAUAGUUGCUGUUGAAACAAAGAAACGGAGAAAAAAGAAAGAUUCAGUGCUUGAUGUCUAUAUAGACAACAAUUCACACUCGGGGAUAGCAAAUACUAGCUGGAAGCUAAUUGGUGCACGUGAAGCAUUGAACAUCAACCUUGCCACAUUUGAGAAGCCAUUGCGGAAGCUCACUUUCGCAGAUCUUCUUGAAGCAACAAAUGGUUUCCACAAUGACAGCCUUAUAGGGUCUGGAGGUUUUGGUGAUGUAUACAAAGCACAACUGAAAGAAGGAAGCAUUGUGGCCAUAAAGAAACUAAAACAUAUAAGUGGACAAGGUGAUAGGGAAUUCACUGCUGAAAUGGAGACCAUAGGGAAAAUCAAGCACAGGAACCUUGUUCCACUUCUUGGGUACUGCAAAGUCGGAGAAGAGCGACUCUUGGUGUAUGAAUACAUGAAGCACGGAAGCUUGGAAGAUGUUUUGCAUGAUCAAAAGAAAGCAGCAGUCAAAUUGAACUGGGCUGCAAGGAGAAAGAUUGCCAUUGGUGCUGCAAGAGGAUUAGCCUUUCUUCAUCAUAAUUGCUUACCGCACAUCAUUCAUAGGGAUAUGAAAUCAAGCAAUGUGUUGCUUGAUGAGAACUUGGAGGCAAGAGUGUCUGAUUUUGGAAUGGCAAGGCUAAUGAAUGCAGUUGAUACACAUUUGAGUGUUAGUACAUUGGCAGGCACGCCUGGCUAUGUUCCUCCUGAAUAUUACCAAAGCUUUAGAUGUUCAACGAAAGGUGAUGUUUAUAGUUAUGGUGUAGUCUUGUUGGAGUUGUUAACAGGAAAAAGGCCAACAGAUUCAGCUGAUUUUGGUGAUAACAAUCUUGUGGGGUGGGUGAAGCAGCACGCAAAAUUGAAAAUAGCUGAUGUUUUCGAUCCGGUACUAGUGAAAGAAGAUCCGAGUCUAAAGAUUGAGCUUUUACGACACUUAGGGGUGGCGUGUGCUUGUUUGGAUGAUCGGCCAUGGAGAAGACCUACUAUGAUUCAAGUAAUGGCAAUGUUUAAAGAAAUACAAGCAGGGUCAGGCCUUGACUCACAAUCCACAAUUGCCAACGAAGAUGGAGGCUUUAGUGCAGUUCAAAUGGUAGAAAUGAGCAUAAAAGAAGACCCUGAACCAGAUAAAAAUCCUGAAAAAGGAGAAGGAGCUGCUGCUGCUGCUCUAUCUGUGACCUCAAAUGAUAGUGACCAAGUCAAGAAUUUCCAUUUUUAUUUUUAUUUUUUUUGAACCUUUAUUGAGACUGCUUCAUUUGUUCUCAUUCUAUUCUUUUUUGUGAUAUAUUCUCAACUUUUGUUCCAUUUCAGUAUUAUGGUAAUGUCGAAAAAGUGUCCUUCCAUUUCUUCUACAA